CGAAGCGAAGUCCUGUCCGGAUGUUUGGAGUGGUAUAGCGCGCGCGGCGACGAGACGUUCUGGCGCGAAAACGCGGAGAAGUUCACGCGCGACGACUGCCUCGUGCUGCGGACGCUGGUCCACAUCCUCGAGCGCGCCGCGGACCCGAAGACGCUCGCGGUGGCGUGCCACGACCUCGGCAUGUUCGCGACGCGUUGGCCCGCCGGGAGGUUUCUCGCGGAGGAACUCGGCGGGAAGGAAAAGGUCGCGCGGCUGAUGACGCACGAGGACGCGGACGUGCGGAAGCGCGCGGUGACGUGCAUGCAG